CCAGCCUCCCUCCCUCCCUCCUUGCACUCCAGCAGCCUGGCUGAGCCUUGGCUGGUGCUCCUGCUCGUCGGGCUUUCCACUUCACUGCCGAUCCUCCCCGCACCGGAAGCCUGAGGCUCCGCCUUCCUCGGCAUCCAGCACCGGGAAAAGCCCCCCUGGGCACUUCCAGCGGGAAGCGCAGCACUACGCCCGGCUGGGCAACCCCCUCCUCGCCACUUGGCGGCGGCGGGGCUGCGCGGGUUCCGUCCAGAGCAGCGGCUGCUUCGCCUUCCGACCCGAUCGCGCCCUCGUCGGGCAGGAGAGGCCCCCGCGAGCCGGGAUGGGCUGAGCGCCCGGGGAAGAAGCAGCCGAGAGGAGCUCGUGGGCCGGCGAACAAGUGAGUGGCCGGCCGGCUGGUUGGUUGGUUGGCGCUGCUGCUCGGGGAGGCUGUGCGCUUGGUGCAAUGCAACACCGCGUGGCCGCCUGCAGGGCUCCGCGGCGGACAUGCUGAGCAGGGGAGGAGCCGGCGGGAAAGCGCCAGGCGAGCUCGGCGGCUCCGCAGCAGGGCUGGAGGGAGCGGGCGCCGCCAGCUCGGCCUUCGCCUUCCGCAGCAGGUGGAUCCCGCAGGCGCGGCUCCGGGGAUGAGCCCCGCGGGCGCGCCGCCUCCUGUCGCCCCGGUCAGCACGCACUCGCCGCCGCCGCCAGGGUCGGACCCUGCGCUCCCCCCGAUGGUUCCCGCCCGCCUGCUUCUCUGUAACAGGGACGUGACCUUCCCUGGCUGAGCCUGACGAUGUGGGGUCAGGAUGCCUCGGUGCCCCGACGUCGCCUGGCGCAACCUUGCAGGGGCGCUCCUUGGCUGCUGGCGCUGCUGCUGAGCUUGGCCCUUGCCCGGAAAGGGGGCUCGGCGGCACACUGCCCCAGCAAAUGCGUCUGCGCCAGCAAUAUCAUCAGCUGCUCCAAGGCCAACCUGAGUGUCUUCCCCCAUCCCCUUCCCUCGUACGCGGCUACCCUGGACUUCAGCUACAACCAGCUGACGCGCCUGCGGGCGGAGUGGGCGCCUUCUCCGCUACACCACCUGCAAUCCCUGUUCCUCAGCCACAACGGCCUUUCCUUCAUCUCCACGGAGGCCUUCACCAAUGUCCCUCACCUCAAGUACCUGGACCUCUCCUCCAAUAACAUCCAGGAGCUGGGGGAGAACCACUUCAGCCACCUGGUGAAGCUGGAGGUGCUGCUGCUCUACAGCAACAAGAUCUCCAAGAUUGACCGGACGGCUUUUGAAGAGAUGACCAAGCUCCAGAAGUUGUACCUGAGCCAUAACGCCAUCAGCCGCUUUCCCCAUGAGCUGCUGAAGAAGGAUGAGGGGGGCUUCCCAGAGCUGGCCUUGCUGGACCUCUCUUGCAACAAGAUCAAGGAUAUUUCCGUGGACGAGGUGAACAAGCUCCCGGCCUGGGUGAAGAACGGCCUCUACGUCCACGGCAACCCCCUCACCUGCCAGUGCUCACUCUACAACCUCUUCACCCACUGGCAGAAGCGGCAGCUGAGCUCCGCCACGGACUUCAAGGAGGAGCUCAAGUGCUUCCUCCAGAAAGACAGCAAAAGCAUCAAAAUCUCCAGCCUCAGCGGCCCAGGGGGCUUGAACUGCAGCGAGUUCAAGGAGCAAGUGCUGGAGGUCCAUCGCGGGGAAGAGGUGAUCAUCAACUGCGACACGAGGCAGCGAGGGGUGGUGAUCAGAGAGUGGCUGACCCCCCGCUACGAGCGUGUCCCCCAGGAGGGCGACAACAGCUCCAUGACCAUGCUGACCAACGGGAGCCUUCAGAUCAAAAACAUCAGCGUGGAGGACAUGGGUCCAUAUACCUGCUAUGCGGUCAGCCAGGUGUUCAACGAGACCCUCUAUGUGCACGUCACGGUCCACAACUACUCCUUGCACGGGACCCCGGACACCCUCAACACCGCCUACACCACGCUGGUGGGCUGCAUCCUGAGCGUCAUCCUCGUGCUCAUCUACCUUUACCUGACCCCCUGCCGCUGCUGCUGCCGCAACGGCGAGAAGCAGGCCAGCCAGUGCGAGGACAGCAUCAACUCCUUGGUGCUCAGCACCACGCCCAACCACAACACCGGCGGGGGCAAGGAAGGGCUGAACCGGCACAUGGCGCCUGGCAACGCGCAAGGCCAGAAUGGCAAAUGCAAAGCCAACAGCUCCCCCAAGCAGGCGGCCAAAGGGUCCCAGAAGGCAGAGCGGAAGAUGUCGGAUGCGGACUCUGUCAGUUCUGUCUUCUCCGACACGCCCAUUGUGGGGGCCUCGCAGGGUGAAGGCGGGAGAGGAUCCGGCAGGGAUAAGGCAGGGGCUGAAUUAGUGGGGCUGCUGUGAUCGUUCUGGCACUGGGAAACAAGACGGAGGAUGCAGCCACAUCCCUUAAGGCAUAACACUAUUCUCUGGUACUGUUCUCCGACCUGCCACAGUAUGUCAUGGCGUUGCUUUGUUACUUUCCUCCUGUCGAGCCCACAGUCCAGUGUCGAAAACCUUGAUCUCCCAAUUUUGCUCUUGAAGCACAGUCUUUCCUCAGCCCUCCGUUUCUUUGGAAUGACAUGGUUUUCUCAGAUCACCCUCAUGGGAACCUUGGUGAGCAUCUCAGCCACAGGCAAAAGGGUCCAGCAGACUUCACUAGGUUUUCCUGCAUCCUGCUGUCGCUUUUGCUUACUUUUCCUGGGUGGGACUUUCCUCCCAAGUCUCUGUGCAGGUAUGAAUACCAGAAGAGCAGCCCCGGCUGAUCCGCUGCAGCAGAAAUGGCAGUGUCACCUUCAGAGACUUAACAAUAUUAGGGUGGCAUAAGCUUCCGUAGGUGGCAGCCUGCUCCAUCGGAUGUUACAAAGUGGGCCUAGAAACCAAGGUUUUUGUUUGCCUUCAUGCAAAUUAAAUCACAUUCAUCUCCACAGUAGCUCCAGAGAUGGCAGUAACCCCAAUCAGCCACGGUAUUGUGGGAGUGGGGUGGGGGAAGUUGACUUUUUUAAAAUGGCUCAAUAAUAUUUUUUUUAUAUAUCUAUAUCUAUAUAUAUAUAUAAACUCUUGCUACAAACA